AAACGGUGAACUGAUAACAAACGAUCCGUGGAGCGUGGAGCUCACCCCUGGCCUCUGUGACUGUUAGGCGGAUAGUAAAACACUGCUCGCGUUUUUGGUACCAAUACCUCAUGUUAGUCCAAUUCCUCCAAUGAAUUCCAACCAAAGAGGCCGGCAGGUGUGCCCGAGGUGAUCGUGGAUCGAGAGACAGGAACAGGAUCAGCAUGAACAAACUGUUGGUGGUAUUUUCCGGACUGGUGAUAGCUGUCGGAGUAUGGGUCGGAAUGAAGCCCGUCCGGGCACAUCUCGAUACGGCCAAAUUAAUGUUCUUCUUCGGGCCAAAAUUCGAGGAUCACGAAACGUUCGGUCUGGACAAGGCGGAAGACAUCGUGCAGCACAGCCGGUUCGAUAAGGGCAAGAAAACGGUCAUGUACUUCCACGGCUACAUCGAAUCGCCGGAGGUGGAAAGUGUCCACGUGAUUGCCGAUGCGUACCUGAAGCGGGGCGACCAAAACAUCAUUAUUCUCGACUGGGCCUCGCUGGCAGAUGGCAACUAUUUGCUCGAGGCUGUCCCCAACUGCAAGAAGCUAGGAAGCUAUCUCGGAGCGGUAGUGCUACGGAUGGCCGCCGCUGGACUGGAUGUAAACAAGCUGCACCUCGUAGGUCACUCACUCGGCGGUCAGUUGGCGGGAUACAUUGGACGUACUGUGAUAACGCAAUCCGAUAAGAAGCUCAAGCUGGACAGAAUUUCGGCGCUGGAUCCCGCUUUCCCACCGUUCUACCCGGGGAUUCUGGCCACGGCCCUCAGCUCCAAGGACGCCAACUUUGUCGAUGUCAUUCACACCGACGCCUGGCUCUACGGUGCCCCGGUCAGCACGGGGACGGCCGACUUUUGGCCCAACAAUGGCAAAACACUGCAACCGGGGUGCCCGAAGCGGAACUACAAACUGCUAACGGACAACGCCAAAGCCUUCCGGCAGAACUCAUCCGAAGAUCUGUGCAGUCACCGACGAUCCUGGUGGUUUUGGGCGGAGAGCGUGGCCGAAAGCAAUGUCCCAUCGUUCCACUCGGUUCGGUGUAAGUCGUGGGAUGACUUUAAGGACGGCAAGGUGGACCGUGCGGCCCCGAUAGUGCACAUGGGAAUCGAUUGUAGCUACGAGGCCAAGGGCGAUUACUAUCUGCAGACCAACGGCGCUCCACCGUACUCGAAAGGUGUGACGGGCUCGAAGUACGAAUAACGAUGGCGUUGCUGUUUUAGAUUAAGUGUGAAAGUUACCCGUGUACAAAAUGGUUUUAGUAAAUCGUAUCGGCACCCAUUUUAUAGUACCUUUACCACCAAAAA